CAAUUUUCUCUAAACCAAAAAAACAAAAAAAAAAAAAAAAAAAAAAAGGUUUGUGUAAGAAAAACAAAAAUAGAAGGUGGUUAUGGAAGAGGACGUGGUCGUGGUCGUGGUCGAAGAGGAGAUGGAGGUGGCGGUCAGGGCAGCGGCGGUCGUGGUAUUGGUGGAAGAGGUGCUGGCUAUGGCUGUACAGACGGAGGUGGUGGUAGUCAUGGCGGAAUUGGCAGAGGUGCUACUCAUGGCGGAAGAGACGGAGGUGCUACUCAUGGCGGAAGAGGCGGGUUUGGUCGUGGUGGUGGUGGUAAUCAGCAUUACCAGCAGCAUCAGCAACCGCGACCACAGAUUAAGCACCACCAGCCUCAUCAACCGCGACCACAGUUUCAGCAGCACCAGCAGUGGCCGCAACAACCGCCGCAGUUCCAGCAGCAGUGGCCACAGCAACCGCCGCAUUACCAGCAGCAGCAGAGGCAGCAGCAGCAGCAGCAGCAGGCGAGUGAUGGUAGUAUGGGGCCUAGUAGGAGGUAUUCUGGCGAGGGUUCUUCUUCUUCUUCUAACAAGCAACUAGCGUACGUUGGUGAUGGUUUUGCUGCUAAAUUGCGACAAUGUGCUAAGUCUGUUCCUGAUCCUAAUAUUGAUUCUGAUCCUCUGUUUCUCAAACUCUUACUUUGUGUUUUAUGCAUAAUUCUUGAUACUAAGUGUAGAAAUAAUGUUGGUUCUGCUACGAAAAGGGGUGAAAUUAGAAUAAAUUUUGGAAUUGAUGUCACAACAAGCAUGACAACAGUCGAAUUUAGUGUGAUGGAGCCGCUAAAAUUGAAGUUGAGAAAUCUAGAUGGCUAUGUAAGAGCUAUAGAUGUGGACAAAGAGAAAUGCCAGUGGAAUCUUGUUAAAAAUUUAGUCUUUGAAGGCCCAUCCCUUAAGCACUGGGCUGUUGUGGUAUUCAACUGUCCGAAUUCUUCAAAAGAAGUAGAUUUGGUGAUGCUCUUUGUUCAGAAUCUUAUUAGACGUUGCAAGACACUAGGGUUGCAUAUGGAGGAUCCUCUGUCUACUAUAUGGGCUAGCAUGGAUGAAUUGGAAAGCGCAGACUCAGUAACUAGUGUUCUGGAACAGGUUCAGCGUGAGGCACACGAAACUAAUGAAAGUAACCUGCAGCUUGUAUUAUGUGUGAUGGCGCAUAAGCAUACUGGUCAUAGGAACAUUAAGUGGGUUUCUGAGACAAAGAUAGGAGUUCUUACCCAGUGUUGCCUUUUUGACAUGGCAAAAAGAGGGCAGGACCAGUACCUGGCUAAUCUUGGCAUAAAGAUAAAUGCUAAGCUGGGGGGUAGCACUGUUGAGCUUAAUGAUCAACCUUCUUUAUUUGAUGAAGCUGCAGACCAUGUGAUGCUUAUUGGUGCUGAUGUCAAUCACCCACCUCCCUCGGAUUCCUCAAGUAAAUCAGUAGCUUUUGUUGUUGCUUCAAUGAAUUGGCAAGCUGCAAACAAAUAUAUUUCCAGAAUAAGCUAUCAGAAAAAUCGUCUGGAGGAAAUUAAAAUGUUUGGAUCUAUAUGUCUAGAGCUGAUAAAAUGUUAUGAAAACAUAAGUAGAGUCAAACCAAAUAAGCUUGUGACAUUUCGUGAUGGUGUCAGUGAAGGGCAGUUUGAUAUGGCAUUCAAUAAAGAGCUUCUGGAUCUGAAGGAUGAAUUGCGGAAAAUAGAUAAUUACCACCCUACCAUAACACUUAUUGUUGCUCAAAAACGGCACCUGACACGCUUAUUUCGAGCAGCCCAAGGAGAUGACGAAAAUAACAUACGUCUUGGCACGGUGGUGGAUACAGAUAUUGUUCAUCCAUCACAGUUUGAUUUCUAUCUCCGCAGUCACUAUGGGAGCAUGGGUACCAGCAAACCGACUUACUACCAUCUCCUGUGGGAUGAUCACAAAUUUUCUCCUGAGAAGUUGCAACAGUUCAUAUAUCACCUGUGCUUCACCUUUGCUAAGUGUUCUAAGCCUGUUUCACUGGUUCCUCCAAUCUACUAUGCUAAUCGGUUAGCCUUCAGAGGACAAUUGUAUUGUGAUGCGCAGCGUCCUUUAGGAGAAUCACCGUCUGAUCGAAAUCCAGCUCACUCUGACAUUAAAAACUUCAUGUAUUUCAUCUGACCGGGCUUUGCUUCUCCUAUGUUGCACUUCCGCUCCAUGGAUUGGUCAAGGAAGUCUCGCACAGCUCAUGUUUCUAAUGGUGUUGGCCUCAUGCACCUUUAGGUUGCAUUUGUGCGUGAAUCUAAUACUCUUAAUAUAUAGCUUUGGUGUGUUUAAUAAUAAGGAUAGAUGUCCAAGUAUCAGUUAAAACUUUAGAAUGUGUGUUUGAACUAAGUUUGAUGUCUAUUUUGGGUAGCCUAUAUUUGUGCUAAGGCUCUUGUAGCCAAGAACGUGAUGCUUUAAUAGUAUGUUAUCUGGUAUUUGUAUUUUUAAUGUGCGUUAUUAUGGAUAAUUGCAGGGUGUUUUUGUUACUAUGAA